UGAUUAUGAUAAAGAAAAUGAUUUGAUUCCAAAAUUUAAUAAAAAGUCUCAUUUGGUACAAAAUGCUCCUGUCUAUAGAAAUGGUGGUUCUGGUGAUGUCUAUAAUAAUGAAAGAAAGCCUCAUUUGGUACAAAAUGCUCCUGCCUAUAGAAAUGAUGGUUCUGCUUUGGCAGAUACAAAUGGUGAUAUCUAUAAUAAUGAGAGAAAGAUUCUUCAAGAUGAGAAUAAACACCUCAAAAAACAAAAUAAAGAAUUAGAAAACCAAGUUCAAGAUAUGAAAAGACUGCUUGUUAAAAAAGAUAAGGAA